AUGCACUGUAAUUCUCCUACAAGUCUCUCGCCCUGUUCCCCGGCUAGCGCGUCUUCCUCGACCAGACACGAGCCUUCGCUCUCCUCCCCCGCGACCAAUGACAAAGAUGAUGCGCCAGGCCCACUUGAAGAUCUCCUAGCCCAACUCCUACAGGCACGGGAGCGCAGGCGAGAACUCGAGGCAGAGUUCGCGGAAAGAAGACGUCUGUUCGAACAAGAGAAGGCAUCUGCUGAGCAGAAGACAAAGGACCUGGAGGCCCAGCUGCUGAAUGAGCUUGAACGCAAGAGAUCAAGGGCACAUGAGAAGAUGAUAGAGGUAGAGCAAGAGUUGGAAGACGUGGACAGUAUCGCGAGGCUCGGCCUCGGGAUUGGUCUGAGUCGGAGCUUCGACCUGGAAAAACGAGAGAAUUUGAGCGCCGAUGAAUAUAUACGCCCUGCUGUCAGGACGGUGGGUGAAGGGCUGGACCAGAGCACCUGGCGAUGGUUCGAUAGGGAACUAGCUCUCCCAUCCGCUUCUGUCGAGAGCCCAAUGAUGUCUACAAUUCUACCAGAGAUUGGUUCCAUAGCAGACUUUGGCCAUCGGGAUCUUCCUCACCCCAAGCAAGUUAUCGAUCUUAGUCCCAAGUCACCAGCGAAGACAGCGAGCGAACUUGAACUAAAGAUCCAUUCUUCACUGGAUUCACUGAUCGACUCUCAGAUAGUUCAUUCUCCCAGGACAGAGGCCAGCUCUCUGGACGAAAGCGGCGCGACUCCACAGUCUCCGUUGCUUCCAACGAAGGAAUUGCGUGUUAUCGAUAACUCCGGUGUCAAUGACCCAUCCCCGCUCGUUGCUGUUCGCAAAGAGUCGUUGUUGACGCUACUCCGCGCAUUUGAUCAAAUUCUCCUCAACGAAUCCCGCUAG